GUGUCCCUGUUUUGCAUUCGAAAAAGCAUGAUCGAACAACAGCGGUGUUAGAGGUUAUUAUCCCAAAUGUCUGGAAAAAGCGUUUCUGUUUAACAUACAAUCAGCUUAAAAUCCGUAACAAAAUACAAACUGAUAUCUCGAGAUUUCCAAUUCUGAUAUCAUCGCCGUUUAUCAAAAGAAAUUUUUGGACUAGAAAAGGAAAAGACACCCGACCUUUGGUUUAGAGUGUGAAAAUAAGAGACCUGUUUCGACGCAGUUGAAAGUCAAUAGUGAUUUCUAUAUUUGCCAUGCUGUUAGUGUGAUAUGUAAAACCAGCAAAAAUGAUGGGAGAUUUUCAUACUCCAAUUGAUGACUUUGGAUUCCCAGAUGGAUUUGGAUAUGGAGGAGUUGGGCCGGGUCCUGGCCCAGGAGGACAGGGUCCGGGGCCCGGUCCGGGGCCUGGCAUGCCCGGGCCUCUUCAACAGCCGCAACAGAUGUCCGACCCGAGCAUUGCCAUGAGCAUGGAGCAACACAUUCAGCAAACGAACGACCGGCUUCAGUGCAUCAGACGAGAUUUGGCAACCGCUUCAGGGUUUCAGAGUGCAGCUACCGAGUUGAUGGAAUGGUGUGGGGACGCACGGGCAUUCCAGCCGGCCUACGAACAAAAUCUUAUGUCGUGUCUAACGGUCGUUAACAAAUGUGCUGCAGCUCCUGGCUUUGACUUGGAUUUAGGGUACCGCCUCCUUGCAAUUUGUGCAUCACAAAGAGAAAAAUUGUCACCAAAAUCUGCAGCUAUGCUUUCGUUGUGGUGCGAAGAGCUUGGCAGGCUGCUGUUGCUAAGACACCAAAAGAGGACUGGAGACCAGAAACCAAUGCAAUUCAAUCAAAACCCGAACAAAAUGGCCCCGGCACCAGGACGAGGGGACUCGACAAUCGAUUGGCAGCCAACGAGCCAGCAGCCAUCAGUGUCUGUGGUUGCAACAGUAUGGGGUUCAACACCAACAAACACUGGGGAGCCAAUGAUGGGUGCUGGAAUGAAUAAUGGCAUGUCUCCAGGGAUGCAGCCACAGUACUCGAACAUGAACCCUCAAAAUGGCCCCAAACAGUACCCUAUUCAAGGGUUCCCACCUCAGACACAGAGCAUGCGCAAUCAACAGAUGAAUAAUAUGCAGCCGAUGCCCAACAUGGGGGGCAUCUACAAUAACCAAUAUUGCCCGGAGCCAAACACCCCCCAGGGCAACCCUUACUCCUACCGUCAUGGGCAGAAUCCAAAUAACCCCAAUGCUGCAGCUGUUGCAGCGGCUGCUGUUGCUGCGGCUGCGGCUACCGCUACGGCCACGGCAACAGCAACAGCAACGUUGCACAUGCAGGAAAACCCUGAGCAAAAUGAAUUCUAUAACAAUGGUGAUUAUGCGUUGCAAGGCCAGACACAGUUCCAGGCUCGAGGCAUGACACCAAACAGCAUCCAGCGACCGAUGAUGAAUAAAGGAAUGUACCCAGGUUACAUGGCGCAGAACCAGAACGGACCGUACAUGCAGCAACAGCAGCAGCCCGCACCAGGUAUGAGCCCCCAGAUGCGUGGCAUGAUGCCUAGGUACCCGAAUCCACCCGGCAUGAAAAGACCGGCAUCGUCAAUGUAUGGACAAAACUUGAUGAGCAAUGGUCCGCCCAUGCCACAACAACAGCAGCAAAAUCCGCAAGGGAAUUAUCCACCGUUUCCAGCACAGGUCAAGCAGGAACCGAAUUUUCCUCCGCAGUACCCGCAACCCCCCGGAUAUGGCAGGACUCCUCCCUCAUCAGGAUACAAUGGACAAAUGCCGCAAGGGCAAAUGGGAAACGUUGGACCAGUACCUAAUAUGGGUAAUAUGGGGAUGCCACCUCAGUAUAGUAGAAUGGCGAUGACCCCAGGAGUACAACCAAUUACAUCACAACGCCGGCCCAGUACUUUACAGUACCAACCAUCACCACAAAACCAAACGUCAAUGCCAGGGAAUCCUCCUGGCUCGGGAAACCGGUAUAUGCCAAUGUGUGACAACUCAGGAAUGCAAGGACCGGUUGAUCAAAAACCAAUCAUAGACCCGAUGGGGAUGCCCAUGACUCAUAUGAAACCUUCAAUGAAUAACUGUAAUUCGCCCAUGAUGGAUAUCAAACCUCAAAUUAAGCAAAAAGACUGCCUCAGGCUGACUUUCCCGGUGCCAAAUGGCAUUGUCCUACAGCCAUUCCGAUUAGAGCACAAUCUCGCAGUCAGCAAUCACGCCUUCAGUCUCAGAGCAACAAUUUACCAAACUUUGAUGUGCAGGCCUGAUUUAGAGCUCCAGUUUAAAUGCUAUCAUCACGAGGACAAGAGCAUGACAACAAACUGGCCCGCAUCUGUCAGUGUGAGCGUCAAUGCCACACCGUUAUCGAUCGAAAGGGGUGACAGCAGGGCAUCCCACAAGCCAUUGUUACUAAAAAACGUGUGCAAGCCUGGACGGAACACAAUCCAAAUCACUGUCUCACAGUGUUGCUGUUCUCAUCUGUUCGUCCUGCAACUCGUUCAUCGCCCUUCGGUCAAUUCAGUUUUACAAGGUUUGCUCAAGAAGCGACUGCUACCCGCAGAGCAUUGCAUUGCAAAAAUUAAAAGACAUUUCCAAAUGACUGCCGUAAACGGACAAACAAUUAUGAACGGAGAAGACGGUGUUGAGCAAACUGCGAUCAAAGUCUCCCUGAAAUGUCCGAUCACGUUUCGAAGGAUCGUCUUGCCUGCUCGUGGUCACGACUGUAAACAUAUUCACUGCUUUGAUCUCGAAUCCUACCUGAAACUCAACGUCGAAAGAGGGCUGUGGAAGUGUCCUGUCUGCAGUAAGAACGCGGUGCUUGAAGGCCUGGAAGUGGAUCACUACCUGUGCCAAAUUCUCACAACACUAGCUAAGACUGAUGUAGAAGAAGUAACGAUAGAUUCAAGCGGCUCAUGGAAACCUGUGUCGGUGAAAAUGGAAAAACAAGAUGAUGAUGGUUCUAACGGGCAUCCAUCAAAGCGACUAAAAUCGAUGUCACACGACUCGCGGACACUCCAGUCACCCAACGGUGGCCAACCGCGCACACCUUAUUCACAACAACAACCACUAACACCGCAGAACCUUCCAACAAGUCCCGUCAAUCGGGCUGUGAACACCCCUACGAAUUCUCAAGCGCCUUCCCGUACUCCUCAGUCACAUGUGAUGGUGUCAGGAGCUCCAACUAGUGAUACGAUGGGCCCUCCACUCUUUCCUCAGACAUCUAGUGGAAUCCCCACUUCACAAAAUGGAACUAAACAACACAGCAAUGGCCUGUCAGGAUCUGGAAACGACCCUCUAAAACAAUCAAAAGAGAAAGUUUCGACAAGUUCGCUAGGCUCGUCAGAUUCGCUUCGAAAGUCAGGGACAUCUACCAACAAUUCGAAAUCGAAUGGCAGUGUGAGCGAUUCGACCGAUCUGAAUCACGGCAAAGACCAGUGCAAUUCCGAAACUGAUAUGAACAGCUCGUAUCUGAAUCUCGAAAACAUUUUCGAGACGGGAGGCGAAAACAACGAAGAAGGGAGCUUGGAGGUUCUACCAGACAACUUGGAUCCAGCUGAGCUUUUAUCUUAUCUGGGACCGCCCGAUUUACCGAGUGAAGAUCUUCUCUCGAUGCUGGAGUAGGAAGUUUUAGCUGUUGUCAAACAUUGCAAGUUAGAUCGGAUUGGGACAUCACUCCCCCGCUCCCUCCUCCCCCUAAAUGGGAAAAACAUGACAGGGAAAAACAUCUUGUUAAAAUGUCUCUGCAUUCUACCCCCACGCCCUACAUGCCUCUUCUUUGCCACUAUCCAGCAACCUUUAAUUAAACCUUAAUACCACCCCGCUCUGUCUGAAUCACAAAUGUGCAUCGCAAGUGAAAACUCUCAAUCUGAUUCGUGCAAUUUUUUAAAAACCUUGACAGAUUUCUCGCCUUCCAGCAAUUAGAGAUUGUAGUGUCAUAUUUACCAUUUUAUACCAUAUAUAUCGCUCAUGUCGUAUCGCAUAUUUAAACUAGAGUUUUAAUAUAUUUUGUUUGAGUAUCUUAUUAUAUUUCGUAGUUGUAGAAAUAGUCUGUUUUUGUAGCUGUCACGAAAUGGAUUCAAUAAACUAAACAACUUCCUUUGUAGCAUGGUCGUAAAAGUUUUAUUUUUAUUUAUUCGACCUGUUAUAUAGAUUUGUUGCUAUAUGUUGCAGUGGUAUUUUUUAUUUCAAGGGCAAUAUAUGGACUACGACGAUUUCUCUGACUACAGGCUCCUUUAUAGUGUGUUAUUUACGAUCAACAAUAAACUCGUUCACUAGCGCUUCUCUCCCAAUUACAGUAAGUCAUGGUUUCAAUGUGGAAGGCUUUCUAGCAGAUUGUUGGGGGUUAUAGUGUCUUCCUUGUCCCUUAUCAACUCUUGCCACUAUCUGUGUCCCAAAGGGUGCUCCCCUACUCAUUUUCAAUUCAGUUUAAGCCAGUCUCGUAUACGGGGCAAACCAGAUUUUGUCGCUUAUGCUCGCAAUUCCUGUAUAUAUUUACAAUUAACUAAGGCGAUUCAAUAAGAACGGGCUAGAUAGAUUUUUGGCGUCUAUACCGGUGUAAAUUUAGUGAACAUGUAAGUUGUUCUUUUAAAGAACUUGUAUUUUGACCAACUGUCUUGGUCUCGUAUUAAAAUGGUUGUUAUAUUACCAUCUGCGGUGACAUCUUUACCUUUUAUGGACGUAACCAUAUAUAGUAAAAUAGUGACACGUUUAGGUGUCAAGGCUAUGAAACGAGGUAUAAAAUGUUUGCGUCAGUCUUUUCUGGGGGAAUCGUUUACAUAGAAAUAGUUGCUGAUGUGAACAUUUUGGUAAAAUAACUACAUAGAAAAUUUUAAUGCUAUCGGCUUUCCUCUUCCAGUUGGACAAACCAAGAAAUAUAAAUGAAGAGGAUCGCUUAUGAUUGUGAGAGUAACUAUAAAGUAUCCAAUAUGGCGAUGCAGUUUUGUUACAAUUUAGACUUCUGAUUCCAAGUAUAUCAAACAGAGGGCUUCGAAUUUUCUUUGUCAAAAUUUAUUUUUAGGGGGCGGGGGGCUUCCUAUUUUAUAAAGAACUCCAGGACAAGUUAGCCGACAUAGACACCUUAUGAAAAUGAGCUAUGCAUCCCCCCCCCCUCCAAAUUUAUUUGUGAUGAUAAUGUAACGUUGAUUGUAAAAUGCCCCCCCCCCCCCUUGAAACUCUCUUCAUCUGACAUUGAGGUCUAACGUGAAUCGAAUAACACAUCAUCAAGGAUCUGAUCUGUACCACAAACCCCCCUCCCCCCAAGUUGUUCCUUUUGUCAUUUGCCGUAUUUCUACGCCCGUUUUUCAAUAAUUAAAAAUUCAUAAGAAUGCCCAGGAAUCAUUUGAAUUUACGGUGUGUGAACUGCAUUGAAGGCCGUAGAUCAUUGUAACAGACAAUCGUCGUAACAUACAAUCGUCGUAAUUGAAAAUAUGUCCAAAGAUUUUAAGGGAGAAUACAUGUUGAUACAUGUUCGUAGUUGGAAAUAUGGUAAACGUGGUAAAACUUAGCAUCGUCGCAACAAAGGAACACGUUUUUAUUAGAGAAGUCAUCUCUAGCUUUAUAUAUUUAUUUGAAUUUUUGUCACGUGUAAUCGCUAGUAAUCGGUUACUAAAAUGGUGGGAAACUCUGCUUACUCCGCCUCUCCAAAUGAUUCGCCCGACCUAAAACAUUUUAAGCAAAACCAGAAAAUGCGCGGAUGGUGUAAAUUCUUUUUUGAAGCACUUUCAAAUCUAAGGAUAUCACAACAUGACAUCUCAGGUUAAGAUUGGAGAAAAGUCCCUCCUGUUUGAAUACCCCGAAAUAAUCUUAACCCAACUCCCCCUCUCUCCGUUCUAAGCGGCUUUGGGGGAUUCGCAGAGUUUCGAAAUUGGAAUUGUGAGUUACCGAUAUGAAUUAUUAGGGCCCAUUUUAAUAGAAACUAAGUUGAUUGAAAUAUUAGAUAUCUUCGUAUGUAUAUUCUUUGUUAGUUAUUAAUAUGUAUAUCCAGCUGCUAUUUUGUAAGAAAUAUGUUUUGAAAAUCUA